AUGCUAUCUUCCAGCAUCAAGACGCUGCUCCCAGCCUUCUUUGCGCUGGUGGCAGCUACAAACAUCCCUCUGCCCCCAGGUACCCCUCGCUCCGUACUCGAGUUCAGAGAGAAGCAUCCUUACCAGCCAUCCCAUCUUCUGGACCGGGCCAGACACGUCAUCACCAUCCGGCACAGUGCUAACGACACCGACGAUGUCUCUGCUGACUUCAAGGCUGGCCUCGAGCGGGCCAACCAUGGAGGCACGCUCUAUCUCCCCGCAAACCAGACCUUUGUCAUCGGGCAGCCGCUCGACCUGACCUUCCUGGAUGAUGUCCAAGUGCGCCUGGACGGCGAGGUCCUGUUUACCAACGACACGAGCUACUGGCAAAGUGUGGCUUUCACGCACCCCUUCCAGAACAGCAUCAUGUUCUGGAAAUGGGGCGGCAACAAGGUCAAGAUCUACGGCGAGGGUGUGCUGAAUGGGAACGGGCAGCGGUGGUGGAACGAGUUCGCGGGAAACCAGAUUCUGGACCCGGACAAUACGUACCUCAGACCCAUAUUGUUUUAUGCCCAGAAUGCAACAGACUGGGUCAUAGAGGGGAUACACUUCAAGGACUCGCCGUGCUGGAAUAACUUCAUCGUCACUUCGUCUGGCUUUGAGUAUAAAGAUGUGGUCGUCACCGCAGUGUCAAACGCUGAUCUUCCUGCAAAGAAUGCCUCCUCAGACGCGGCAAAUACCGACUUUUUCGAUUCCCUCAAUCUAGACCACCUCACGGUUGAGAGAACCUGGGUGAACAACGGGGAUGACUGUUUCAGUCCCAAGGCGAACACAACAGACAUCUACGUCAAUACAAUGUACUGCAAUGGGUCGCAUGGACAGUCCAUGGGAUCGAUCGGCGAGUACUCGGGCGAGCUGGACAUCAUCGAGAAUGUUCAUAUCGAGAACGUAUGGAUGAUCAAUGGCGAGUUUGGAGGCCGCCUGAAGUCGUGGGCUGGUCCAGAUGUUGGCUAUGGCUACAUCAACAAUGUGACCUUCAAGAAUUUCUACAAUGCCAACAACGGGUACGCGGCGUACCUGGAUUCUUGCUACUUUGACAUCAACUCAACUGAAUGUGCCGCGUAUCCAUCACAAGUUAACGUCACCAACGUCACCUUUGAUAGUUUCUCUGGUUACACCUCCGGGGCGUACGGGCGGGCCGUCGCGUCGCUGACAUGCAGCUCGAACCCCAACGCGGUGUGUGAGAACAUCGUCUUCAAGAACUUCACCGUGACGUCUCCCUGCAGCAACGGGACAGACAACGCGGUUGUCAUCUGCAACAAUAUUGCGGGGGGCAUCGGUAUCCCUUGCGUGAAUUCGACGAGUGCGGAGGCUAUAGCUGCGCUGGCGGAUACUUGUACCGUGCCGCUGGCGACGCUGCCGGAGCCCACGCCUUGGGCUGGGAAGAAGAGAUGA